GGCCGCCCCCGGAAGUGGACUUCGCCUCCGCAGAAGCAGUGCAUCUGUGUCUGAGUCUCGAGGGCCUGAGGCUGCAGCGCAAGGCAGCGGAGCCCGAGGGGCAGGGGCGGGCCGGGCUGCCGCCAUGGCCGGGACUCAGGAUAUGUUCGACGCCAUCGUGAUGGCGGAUGAGAGGUUCCAUGGGGAAGGCUAUCAGGAAGGCUAUGAAGAAGGGAGCAGCUUGGGCAUAAUUGAAGGAAGACAGCAUGGCACAUUACAUGGAGCUAAAAUCGGAUCUGAGAUCGGGUGCUACCAAGGGUUUGCUUUUGCUUGGAGAGGUCUUCUGCACAGUUGUGCCACUGAGAAAGACAGCAAAAAAUUGAAGGUCUUAGAAUCGCUGAUUGGAAUGAUUCAGAAAUUCCCUUAUGAUGACCCUACUUACGAUAAACUUCACGAAGACUUAGACAAAAUUAGAGGAAAAUUUAAGCAGCUUUGUUCAUUGCUAAAUGUUCAGCCGGACUUUAAAAUUAGUGCAGAAGGUUCUGGACUUUCGUUCUGAGGAUGACAGAUGAACAAAGACGAACAUCAAGGAACAGAUGUCCGUAUGUUAAGUGUUUCAAAAUGUGAUUAAAGGCAAGACAAUGACGGGGUAUUCAUUGUUUUGCGGGGAGGGUUCCAGCUUGGCCAGUGAAAGGGCUUCCUUCCCCCAGGGUCUGCCUGUGUCGCCUGGGCGCCCCCCACGGGGCCUGUCUGCACAAGCCUGUCCUUUGUUGGGCCCUGUCUGCCCCGUGGUCUGAAUGCGGCCCCGGCAGAGCGCUUGCUGGGCUGCUCACUUCUGGUCCGGAGUCCAGCCCGCUGGCCUCAGGGGUUCUUGGCACCUGGCGGCCUGGCUGGACCUAGACUGGGCUUGGCUCUGGACGUGAUCACUGCCGGAGCCUCAGGCAGUGCACAGAAGAACGAUUUUAAAACCAAGAGCGGCAGAGUCGACAUGAAGUAAGUUACCGGAAGUGGUGGCGAGAAGUGUGACGUCUGGCCAACCCUCACGCGCCGGCGCUGGUGACGUGCUUGCUGCCUGCUGUUCAGUCCUUCAGGACCCCCAAGGCGGGUGUCACUACCGCUUUAUAGAUGGGGACACCGGGGCCCAAGAGACUGCCUCGCCCGAGGGCGGCGGCAGCAGAGCUGGGACUCUGACCCCAGUGCCCGCCUCUCACCACUGUCUGGAGCUGCCUGUUCUGGAAGCCACAAACUUGGGGUCUCUGCCCGCAGGUCCCCGCUGUGCUCCCUGGAGUGUCCCUUGUGGCCAGCUGACAGGGAGAGAGGCCAGCGGGUCCCAAGGGAGCCGGGACAUGCUCUUGCUGUCUCCAGGCGGGUGGGGCUUGGCAGCAUUGAAAACGGUUGAGGGGAGGAUGUUUUAAACUGGACCCUGAACAUGGGCUGCAGUCUACCUGCAGAAGCUUUGGGAGCCAGGAUGCUGCGUUCUCCUGAGUGUGAGUCCUUCUGUCUUCUAUCUUCUGCUCGUACUUAAAAGGCGUCGUCUCUACACGGUGAGGCACAGGCUGGGGAGCGGGUUUCCCCAUCAGGUCAGUCUGUGCUGCCAUGAUGGGUGCGUGAUCAUUUCUCUGCACGUGACGGCCCAUGUCCAGGCCCCAGGACUCUCCCCAUUCACCUGCUCCCAGCCCAGGGAGCAGAUCUGGCAGCGAUGGGUGAGAUUAACGAGGGGUAGCUGUGGAUCUGCGCCAGAUUGCAGAAUCAUCGCAUCUGAGUGAGCUGUGUUUCCCCGGUGUGCGGCAGGGUCUGAGGCCUGGCUGGUGUCCUCGCCCGGUGCCAAGAUAGAAAUGGCUUUUAGCUGUUGAAGGACAGGCCCUGGCCUCUGUCCUGCUCAGCGGUUUUCCGUGUGGGUUGCUGGAUGUCCGGUCUGCGGCUGCACCUCAGUCUUGGGGAGCCCAGGGCUGCGUCCACGGCCUCAGAGGCGCCUUCGUCACAGAGACCGACAGCCUGUGGGAUCCGGGGGCUUCUGUUGUGGUUUUCCUUGGUGGGUUUUUGUGUUUUCCAAGCUACCUGUUCUGAUAAUGUAUUCUUUUUAUAAUUGGAGAAAAAAAUAAAUAGCGUAUUUUAAAGUGAAA